CAUGACAUUGAAGCUCAGAGAGUGGCCUCCGUGUAACUCAGCUGAUCUCACAUCUCCUAUCAACAACAUGUCCUACAAAUGCUGUUCUGAAAGCUUCUCCUCCCGCUCCCUCGGGGUCCACCUGCGCUACCCAGGCUCCUCCUGUGGCUCCUCCUUCCUCAGCACCCUGGUCUACAGGACUGACCUCUGUUGUCCCAGGAUCUGCCGGCCCACCCCUGUGGUGUUCAAACCCUGUCAGACGUCCUGCUACUGCCCAAGGACCUCCACACUCUGCAGUCCCUUCCAGAUAACUUUUUCUGGUUCUCCGGGAUGUGGGUCUAUUAGAGGCUGCUCCCUGGGUUAUGGAUCUAGAAGCUGCUACUCUCUGGACUGGGGAUCCAGAGUGGGCUGUGGAUCCAGAGUCUUCAGACUGCUGGGUUAUGGAAUUCAUGGCUUCCCUUCCCUGAGGUGUGGAUCCAGGUUCUACCACCCAGCCUACUUGACUUCUAGGAGCUGCCAGUGUUCUUGCUAUAGGCCAAUCUGUAGAUCAAACUUCCGUAGAUCAACUUGUUGAAUUUCCAGAACUUCUGAGCAAAACGUUUCAGUCUCUACUUACAGCUGCCAUAGCCCCUUUCAGAAAUGUUAGCUAACCCCUCUCACCAUCAGCAUCUCAUCGUUUCUCUAGUGUCGAACACUGACUCACUAAUCCUUUCAGUGAAAUUAAUAACCAAAAUAUUGAGUUCAAAUCUGUAAUUUUGUUGAAACAAUUGAAUCAGAAUUACAUAAACUUUUCUUACAAAAUGCAUGGAA